AUGUCAUCUACACCGACGCUUACGCCAUUGAAGCCUAUACCUAUAAAACAUAUCGAUCUUGAUUUAGAGAAGGAGUCCAAAGAUGAGAAUAGCAAUUUAUUGGCUAUAGCCAAGAAAUACUUAAGAUGGAUUCAAAAAUGGUCAUUAUUUCCAUUGGCAUCGUACCUCCCUUUACAUGGUAUCAAUACCCUCAUAAUUCCAUCUAUCGAACCAUCAUCUGCUCCAAAUGAUGUUCUAAUGAUGAUAAGAGAGUUGACAUCUGGAUUAGGGUCGAAAAUUAUAUGGACUGGAAUAGCUAUGCAUGUUCUAUCAGGUUUGGGAAUAAGAGUACUCAAAAUGUAUACGAGAAAACCUCCGAAACAUAGAAAAAAGAAUGAUUUAAGUCCGUCCGAAACGGAGUCAAUAGCUCCUUCAAAAAUCGGACUAGUAGGUGGUCUUAGUGGCUACUUUAUUGGCGUUAAACGGCAAUUAAAUUACAAUCCACAAGUUUUGACCGGCUGGUUCUUGACUCCUCUACUGAUUUUCCAUGGAAUUCUCAUGAAAAUACUCCCUCAGAGCUCUAAAGUCGAUAUUGAUUUCGAUUUCGUGAAAUGGUUACUCAAUAAAGAAAGAGGUUCUUUUGUAAGAUGGGGUCUUGGGUAUGGGCCUUUAAUUGCUUUAAUUGGACUGGGGACUUAUCAUAUCUUCAGUGGAACUGUUCAGUAUCUACAUAUCAGAAACUUAAAGACACGUAAAAGAAUUCUGAACUUUAUGAUUAUCUUAGCCUGUUCUGGUAUUGUCGGAUUAAACAGACUUGGCUCACAAUUGGUAAUUGGCAUGGACAGAUACUAUCAACCAAUAAUUAAAAAAUUGUUAGCAAAAUGA